GAGCCCGAGCCCGACCCGGGCGGCCGCGAUGCGGCUCCGCGGCGCACGGCCUGCACCGGGUUUACACCGACGCCUGCUCAACGUUGACCUGGCCGAGGAUUAGGGACACCGGCCACGAGUGGGGGAUCCUGAGGCUGCUGCUCCCCAGAAGGUGCCAGGUCUGAGAGGGAAGGGGUGAUGCACCAGGCUGCAGUUGCUGCCUGCUGAGCCUGAGGAGGAGUUUCGGCAGCACCCCGAUCCCGACAAGCAGCGCCCAGCCUUUGACUCCCUCUGGAGCCCCUGAGCGGAGGAGACGUUGAGCAAAGACUGAGGGGUCAAGGGGCGCAUCCUCCUGUCCUGACCCGGCGUCGAUUCCUGUCCUGACACCCCGACGACGCUGCCCUCGAUCCCCCGGCAGCCCCCCCCAGGGCUGCCUCUCCCAGCGCUGUCCAGCCUUGGACCCCAGCCCCGCUGGAGCGCGGCAGCCUGCCGGGCGCUGCCCCCCGGGCACUGCCCCCCGGGUGCGUCGCCCCCCGCCCCCCUGGGGACCCCCCGCCCGCCGGCAGAGCCAUGAAGCUCCAGGCGGUGAUGGAGAACCUGCAGCGGCAGCAGCGCGCGCGGCUGCAGCAGGCGCUGGAGGCGCGGCAGCAGGAGCAGCAGCAGCAGCAGCCGCGCUCCACGUCCCCCCCGGCGCAGCCCCCGGGGCAGCCCCCCGCCGGCACCGCAGCCCGGGGCCGCGGGCAGGACCCGGCCCCGGCGCCCUCGGAGGAGGGAGCGGAGCCCGAGAGCGCGCACAUCCAGCGGGCACAGAUGGCCGCCCUGGCCGCCAUGCGCGCCGCCGCCGCCGGCCUCAGCCACUCGCCCAGCCCGGGGCUCUCGGAUGAGAGCCAGGCCUCUGAGGAGGAGGAGGAGGAGGAAGAGGAGGAGCGCGGAGAGGACGAGGAGGAUGGCGGGUACCAGCAGGAGAUGGGCUCUGAGGAGGAGGAAGACCUGAAGGGCAAGUGGGACGAAGAUGACUUUGAAGAGGACCUAGUUGAGGAGGAAGAGGAAGAAGAGGAGGAGGAAGAGGAAGACUUUGAGGAGGAUGAAGAUAUGGGAGAGGAAGGGCUCAGCUCGGCAGGGGCAGUACGGGCGGGCGCGGGGUCCCUGCUGCUCCGCAAGCCCCCGGCGCCCCAACACUACCGGGGGGAGCCUCCACGGCUCCAGGGGGGACAGGAACGGCUGCCCCCCGGCCUGGGCCACACGCAGCCCCCUCCACCGGCACCUGACCACGGUGACUGGACCUACGAGGAGCAGUUCAAGCAGCUGUACGAGUUGGAUGGGGACCCCAGGAGGAAGGAGUUCCUGGACGACCUCUUCAGCUUCAUGCAGAAGCGAGGGACCCCCGUGAACCGGAUCCCCAUCAUGGCCAAGCAGGUGCUGGACCUGUACAUGCUGUACACGCUGGUGACUGAGAAGGGGGGUCUGGUGGAGGUCAUCAACAAGAAGCUGUGGCGGGAGAUCACCAAGGGGCUGAGCCUGCCCACUUCCAUCACCAGUGCGGCCUUCACCCUGCGCACCCAGUACAUGAAGUACCUGUACCCCUACGAGUGUGAGAAGCGUGGGCUGAGCAACCCCAACGAGCUGCAGGCGGCCAUCGACAGCAACCGGCGGGAGGGCCGGCGGCAGGGCUUCGGCGGCUCCCUCUUCGCCUACUCACCCAGCGGCACCCACGGCCUCCUCUCCUCGCCCAAGCUGCCCGUGCCAGCGCUGGGGCUGGCGUCUGCCACCAAUGGCGGGGCCAUUGCACCGGGACAGAAGAUCAAGAAAGAGGAGGACUCCUCCAUCCCGAUCUCCAUGCCCAGCCGGCUCCCGGUCUCCCUGGCCGGGCACCCCGUGGUGGCGGCGCAGGCAGCUGCGGUGCAGGUGGCGGCGGCUGCUCAGGCGGCGGCGCUGGAGCAGCUGCGGGAGAAGCUGGAGUCGGGAGAGCCCCCGGAGAAGAAGCUGGCGCUGGUGACAGACGAGCAGCAGCGGCUGAUGCAGCGGGCACUGCAGCAGAACCUCCUGGCCAUGACGGCCCAGCUGCCCAUGAGCAUCCGCAUCAACAGCCAGGGCACGCGCUCGCCAGAGAACCGCCCGGACGCCGCCACCGCCAGCAGCAACGGCACCAACAGCAUCAGCAUGUCGGUGGAGAUCAACGGGAUCGUCUACACAGGUGUGCUGUUCGCCCAGACGCCCGGCCCUUCCUCCUCCUCUUCCUCCUCCUCCUCCUCUGCCUACAGCAAAGGCAACGGCAGCGGCAGCCGGAGCAGUGGCAGCGGCGGCAGCGGGGUGGGAAGCGGUGGUGGGAACGUGCCCCCCGCCCCGGCCGGCCUGGCUGUGCCCCCCAGCUCUACCUCCAACAGCGCUUCGCCUUAACGCCCCGGCCCCCCGGCCCCCUGAACCCGGCGGCCAUGGAGGGAUCACCGGGGUCUCACCACGGUGUCACC